AUGAGAGGAAGAUUAAGGAGUAGUCAAAACAAAAGUGAAGGCGCCAAUGAAGGCGACGUUUCUCUGCUGCCAAAUGGGAAAGAAAUCCUCGACUAUGAAGACACUACUGGUUAUGUGGGUGGGAAGAUAGCUUAUUUUGAUAUGUGUUCUGUCAUGGAUCUAAAUUUACUUGAAAUGGAGGCCAUGAUUGCAGAAGUAGGUAUAGUUGGGGAAAAGGUUGACCUUUGGCUGUUUGUUUCCUCCAACAUGCCAGCCUAUUCUGGGGAACAAUGGGACUCAAGUGAAAGUGAUUGCCCUAAACUUAAGAAGAAGCCUAGGAGAAUUCCACCUCCAAAUCCACCCUACAGGGCCAGAAAAAGGGGUAGAUAUUCCAUGUUGAGGGGUCUUUACAAGAACACACCUGAGACUCCUGUGAUAAUAGAUGGUGAUGAGGAAAUGGUUGAGGGUGAUGACAAGUGUCCUGCCAAGGGAAAAAAGAAGAAAGUUGAGAAGAAAGUUGAGAAGAAAGUUGAAGAGAAGUGCCCAGACAAGGGAAAAAAGAAACAAAUUGAGGAGGACUACCCAGACAAAGGAAAGAAGAAGCAAGUUGAGGAGGAACCUGUUGCUAAGUCCAAGAGAAAGAAGUGUAAAUCUGUUGCUAAGUCCAAGGGAAAGAGGAAGGAAAAAACAGUUGAAGAUGUACAAGUUGAGGAGAAAGACCAGCCUGCCAAAGAAGAUGUACAAGAUGUGCAUGAAGAAUCUCCAGUUGAGGAGAAAGAGCAGCCUGCAAAUGAAGAAAAUGUUGAAAAUGUACAAGAUGCAGUUCAAUCUCCAGUUGAGGAGAAUUUGGAAGAGAAUUUAGAAGAGGAUUUUGAGGAGAAUUUUGAAGAUGCAAAUGCAAAUGCAGAUGAAGGUGUUAAGAAGGAAGUUAAGGAUGGAUCAGAUGAAGAAUAUGACCCAGAUGAUGCUAGUGAAUCCUCACAAAGUACUUAUGACAGUGAGGUAGAGAGGAUGACCAUAUCUUCAUGUGAUGAGCAGGGGGAAAAAAUACCCUGA